AUGGACCCCACAGGCGUGUAUGAUCAGUCUUCUUUCUUCUGCCCAACUGGAUUCUUAGUCUUCCUCUCCUUUUAUGACCUUCACCACAACCCAAAGGUAUGGCCAAACGCAGAGGUGUUUGACCCUUCCCAGUUUGCACCGGGUUCCUCUCAACACAACCAUGCUUUCCUGCCCUUCUCAGAAGGAUCAAGGAACUGCAUCGGGAAGCAGUUUGCCAUGAACGAGAUGAAGGUGGCGGUGGCCUUGACACUGCUCCGUUUUGAGCUGGCCCCAGAUCCUUUCAGGGUCCCUGUUCCCACUCCAAGAAUUGUGUUAAUGUCCAAGAAUGGGAUCCACCUUCAUCUCACGAAGCUCCUCUAA